UCCAAGCAUUCGAAAUAUAAACCAUUAUAUAAAUCGCCGAUAAAUUCUUAUUCAUUCAGACGCUCUCUUCCUCAAUCUAUCUCUCUUCUCUCUCGCUCUCUCUGUGCUCUGCUUUGUCUCUACGCAACGUGCAGAGGGGAGGUGAAGUGCUCGCUUGCUCGUCCAUUUGUUCAUCGAGUAGGGUUUUAGAGCCUUACUCGCGCGCGCUGCUUCAUCGGCUUCUACUUGGGUAGGAAAUAAAUGGCUAUGGAGAUUACUCAGUUUCUAUUGGCAGCUCAAUCAGCUGAUGCAAGAAUUCGUACUGAAGCGGAGGCUAAUCUUAGGCAAUUUCAAGAGCAAAAUGUUCCUUCUUUUCUUCUGUCUUUGUCAGUUGAGCUUGCAAACAAUGAGAAACCCACUGAAUCCCGUACGUUGGCUGGUAUAGUGCUUAAGAACUCAUUAGAUGCCAAAGAUGCUGUUACAAAAGAACAUCUUGCUCGACAAUGGAUGGCUAUUGACAUUUCUAUUAUAUCCCAAAUCAAGGACUUGCUCUUAAGGACACUUGGGUCACCUGUGUCAGAGGCAAGACACACCUCUGCCCAAGUUAUUGCGAAAAUUGCUUCUAUUGAUAUUCCCAGGAAACAGUGGACUGGCCUAAUUGGAUCUUUGCUUAACAAUAUGACUCAGCGAGAUAGCCCUGCUGGUUUGAAACAGUCAACCUUGGAAACACUUGGUUAUGUAUGUGAGGAGAUAUCCCAUCAAGAUCUUGGGCAAGAUGAGGUGAACAAUGUUCUUACUGCUGUAGUCCAAGGAAUGAACCUUGCUGAAAACAGCCCUGAAGUCCGUCUUGCUGCAACAAGGGCUCUAUAUAAUGCCCUGGAAUUUGCACAGACCAACUUUGAAAAUGAGAUGGAACGGAAUUACAUCAUGAAGAUGAUCUGUGAGACGGCCUUGUCUAAGGAGGUAGAUAUUAGGCAGGCUGCUUUUGAGUGUCUUGCUUCAAUUGCUUCAAGGUACUAUGAGGUGCUUGAGCCUUAUAUGCAGGCUCUCUUUGAGCUUACGUCAAAUGCUGUAAAGGGGGAUGAAGAGGCCGUUGCCCUCCAAGCAAUUGAGUUUUGGAGCUCCAUUUGUGAUGAAGAAAUAGAGCUUCAAGAAUUUGAGAGUGGUGAGAGUGGGGACUCUGUGCCUCAUUCACGUUUUAUAGAAAAAGCUCUGACGUCUCUAGUUCCAAUGCUGCUGGAAACUUUGCUGAAACAGGAAGAAAAUCUAGACCAAGAUGACAACAUUUGGAAUAUUGCAAUGGCUGGCGGGACAUGCCUAGAACUUGUUGCCAGGACUGUUGGGGAUGCCAUUCUACCCCUUGUGAUGCCAUUUGUGGAGGCUAACAUAGUGAAGCCAGAUUGGCACUGUCGCGAGGCAGCCACAUUCGCAUUUGGCUCAAUCAUUGAAGGCCCAACCAUUGAGCAGCUAUCUGGUCUGGUCCAUGCAGGUUUAGAUUUCCUGCUAAGAUUAAUGAAGGAUGAAAACAACCAUGUCAAAGACACUACUGCUUGGACUCUCAGUCGUAUAUUUGAGUUUUUGCACCAUCCUGCCCGGGGAUUUUCUGUGAUUUCUCCUGACAACCUUCCAAGGGUGGUGGAAGUAUUGUUGGAAGGCACUAAGGAUGCUCCAAAUGUUGCAGAGAAGGUCUGUUGCGCCAUUUAUCACCUUUGCCAAGGGUAUGAGGAAGCAGGAACCUCUUCCUCUCUCUUUACUCCAUAUGUCCCAGCCAUCAUUGAAUGUCUUCUUUCCACUGCUAGUCGUCCAGAUGGGGAUGAUUCUAGAUUGAGGUCUACUGCAUAUGAAUCAGUGAAUGCGGUCGUAAGGUGUUCCAAUAUUGUAGAAACAUCACCAAUUAUAGUUCAGCUACUCCCUGUGAUCAUGAAUAAGUUGAGUCAGACUUUGGAGCUUCAGAUUGUAUCGUCAGAUGACAAGGAAAAGCAAGGAGACUUGCAAGCUUCUUUUUGUGGUGUCCUCCAGGUUAUCAUUCAGAAACUUAGCAGUGUUGAGGAAACUAAGCGCUUUAUAUUGGAGGCAGCAGAUCAGAUAAUGCUUUUGUUUCUUAGAGUGUUUGCUUGCCGUAGUUCUACAGUGCAUGAGGAAGCAAUGCUUGCUAUAGGUGCACUGGCUUAUGCAACUGGGUCUCAUUUUGAAAAGUACCUGCCUGAACUGUACAAGUAUUUGGAGAUGGGGUUGCAGAAUUUUGAGGAGUAUCAAGUCUGUGCUAUCACAGUUGGGGUGGUUGGUGACAUUUGCCGUGCCUUGGAUGACAAGGCAUUACAGUACUGUGAUGGGAUUAUGAAUCACCUGAUGAAAGACUUGUCUAGUGAAGCGCUCCACCGGUCUGUCAAGCCUCCCAUAUUCUCUGUCUUUGGUGACAUAGCUCUCGCAAUAGGAGAGCAUUUUGAGAAGUAUACACCUUAUGCAGUGCAGAUGAUGCAGGGAGCUGCGGAGCUCUGUGCUCGGAUGGACUCCAGUGCUAAUGAUGAUGAGUUAUUGGAAUAUGGAAACCAGCUAAAGUGUAGCAUCUUUGAAGCUUAUUCUGGUAUACUUCAGGGCUUUAAGAAUUCAAAGCCUCAUGUCAUGCUACCAUAUGCCCAACAUAUCCUGCAGUUUGUUGAAUUGGUCUUAAGGGAGACGCACAGGGAUGACAGUGUGACAAAUGCUGCAGUUGCUGCAUUGGGUGACGUUGCAGAUGUACUUGGCCCAAACAUUAAGCCGCUGUUUGGGGACCUUGCAUUCAUUGAUGCCUUUUUGCAAGAGUGUCUUCAAUCCGAUGAUGAACAACUCAGGACAACGGCAGCUUGGACUCUGGAGAGGAUUAGGCGCAUCAUGGAGUCAUGAGAAGUGGCUGGUUCUUUUGUGAGUAAAUGAUAUUUUCUGUCUAGUAUUAGUAUUCAGCGAGGCCUAAUGGACACAGGUUCUGUACUUUCGAGAUUUCUUAGAAAACCAUCAUCAUUGAAGCCAGUAUGAAGGUGGCUUUUCUUAUGUUUUUGAACUCUGUUAAUUUUAAUACAUCCACUGAUCAGUGGUUUGAUGGGUCAAUUUUUAUGUUCUUCAGUUUUUCUCA